AUGGGAAGCGAUCUCUUCGAAGUAUUAUCCAAGGACCUUGGUGAAUACCUAGGAAGUGGAUACGGCUGUGACGUAAAAAUACACGUUGGCGAAUAUGAUCAGAGAACGUAUGAUGUACACUCGGUGAUACUUGCCGCGAGAUCGCCUUAUUUCAGAAGGAAAAUUAAUGACACACCUCUGAAUCCCGGAAGAGUUAUGGAAUUUUAUGAACAAGAUAUUUCGCCAACUGUGCCGUUGCAUAAUGUUGAAACGGAUAACCUCUUGGAUGUCUUAAUGUCCACGAACGAACCAUUUUUGACCGAUGAUCCAACCUUAGUGGUAGAUUUCGUUCUGGCCGCGGAUGAAUUAGAACUUAGCGAAUUAGUGAGAUAUCUUCAAAAUAUCCUCAUAAACGACAGAACCGAAUGGUUGUGCGAAAAUAUUGACAAUAUUUAUCCACGAAUUUUUAAACGCCAAUCAUUGAGAAUACUUAAAGAUUUUUACAAAAAUAUAAUUGAAACCGAUGUUGAGUUGAUGCUUCAAUUGGGAAAUAUUUCUAAGAUGCCGUUAAACGAUGUGAUCUUGAUGGCGUCCAGGGACGAUCUUUUGAUGGAUGAAACUGAGAUCCCGAACAUUGGUCAACCAAGCAAUGCAUUGCCAUCAAUGGAAAAAAAACGCAAGUUAACAGCUAUAUUCACAAAAUCAUUAGACGAAUUAUAUCAAGACCUUGUGAGGUAUCACGUGAAUCCAGAUAGAAAACCGGAAUCUUUUAAUUUGCCUAAACGUGUAGGAAAGAUCGAAUCGAAUUUAAUAUCUAUAAAGCACGUGAGUCUUAUUUCGCAAUGGAUCAAGGAUCAACAGGCGAGCUCUCUUUGGCAAAAGGUCAGACCAACAAAAAAGACAGCACAAUAUCGUUAUAAUCUUCUCACUCGCGGGAGUCAGGGUGGUUUUAGCAGGGCGGACUUUCUGGAAGCGUGCCAACAUAAAGGUCCAACUAUUAUACUUAUCAGACUCGAAGGAUCGGAUUUGAUAGUUGGGGGAUAUAACCCAACCCCAUGGGUAACCUCACUGAAACCAAAUGCUCGUGCACGAAAAAGUUUUAUCUUCGCAUUUGAUAACGACCGUGAUGAUCCAAAAGAAGUUGGAAGAAUAUGCAAACUGGGUAGCUCUAAAACGUGCCCCGUCGUAUCUAUCACCGAUAAAAGUUUAAAGUUCGGAAAAGAUUUAUCUUUAAAUUUUACCGACUCUUACGAUCAGCCAUCCGUCUUGCGCUAUCAAAAUGUUGAGUACACCUUACUCGACAAUCUUCAAAGACAAAUGAUUGAAAAUCCCGCGAAUAUUAAAGAUUUUGAGGAAUAUCCGACGGGACGUCGCGAGGUCGUGGUGAAGUUGUUGAGUGUUGAUCCACAAAAUUACCCGGAUGCUCCUCGCGAAGGAAUAAGAAGAAUCUUGGAAAUCUUCACUGGGAAGCCUCAUCCUCGGGAUAAGCCUGUAGACACCUCUUCUAUUGAAUCAAUUCGCAUGGGAACGACUGUUGCCACGAAUGCCUUGCUGGAAAGAAAAGGGGAGAAAUGUGCUCUUCUAAUUACUAAGGGAUUUAAGGAUCUCUUAGUCAUAGGAAAUCAAGCUCGUCCAAAGAUAUUUGAACUUGCCAUCCGCAAGCCCGAUGUUUUAUAUCAAAAGGUCGUAGAAGUCGACGAACGCGUGAGUUUAAUUGAAGAAAUAUCGGGCGAUGAUUCUGACGAUGUCUUGAGAGGAAUUUCCGGAGAAUGCGUAAAGAUACUCCAAAGACCGGACCUCGAUAAAGUGAAGGAGGAUAUGCAGUCUCUAUAUGCAGAAGGAUUCCGAAGCAUCGCAAUAUGCCUGAUGCACUCUUAUACCUAUCCAGAUCACGAGCGUCAACUUGGUGAACUUGCAACGGAGAUCGGGUUCACGCACAUUUCACUUUCAUCCUCGAUAAUGCCAAUGAUUAAAAUUGUUCCACGGGGCAAUUCAUCAACGGCCGAUGCAUAUCUUACACCCUGCAUUCGUAAAUACAUUAACGGGUUUAUUUCAGGUUUCGAUGAGAAUUUGAAAAAAAAUGUCAGAUUGGAAUUUAUGCAAAGCGACGGAGGUCUAGUGCCUGUAAAUAAAUUUUCGGGAUUCAGAGCGAUACUGUCAGGACCCGCUGCCGGUGUGGUGGGCUAUGCAUUAACAUCCUAUAGCAAGGAGGAUCUUAUUCCUGUAAUCGGGUUUGAUAUGGGCGGCACCAGUACAGAUGUGUCACGUUUCGACGGUCGAUAUGAACACGUAUUUGAAACUACAACGGCCGGCGUGUCAAUUCAGGCCCCACAGUUGGAUAUCCAUACAGUUGCUGCCGGUGGAGGAUCGCGUUUGUUCUUUCGCAAUGGAAUGUUUGUUGUGGGACCGGAGAGUGCAAGUGCGCAUCCAGGUCCAACUUGCUACAGGAAAGAUGGACCAUUAACCGUGACCGACGCGAACCUGAUUCUUGGUCGGCUAAAUCCGGACUACUUUCCCAAAAUCUUUGGACCCAAUGAGGACCAACCGCUGGACAUAGGUGCCACAAGAAGCGAAUUCGAGAAGCUCUCGAAAGAAAUCAAUGCCUUCAAUUCGGAAAAUAAAGAGAUGAAUAUAGACGAGAUUGCUUUCGGUUUUAUAAAAGUGGCCAAUGAAGCCAUGUGUCGUCCAAUUCGCGCCCUUACCGAAGCAAAAGGUUAUGACACAUCAAAACACAUUCUUGCGUGUUUUGGGGGUGCGGGCGGUCAACACGCAUGUGCAAUUGCUCAAAAUUUAGGCAUAGGAAAAAUAUUGAUCCAUCGGUAUGGUUCGAUUCUGUCGGCUUACGGUCUUGCUUUAGCAAAUGUGGUGCAUGAGGUUCAAGAGCCUUGUUCAAAAGUAUACUCUGAUGAUUCCUUGGCAUAUCUGAAAGAAAGGAUUCAAGCCCUGCGUGAAGCUUGUACCGAAGAACUAAAAUCACAAGGAUUCGAGUUAUCACAAAUUAAACAUGAAGUCUAUCUUAACUUAAGGUAUCAAGGCACGGAUUUUGCAUUGAUGACCUUAGAACCCAAGGAUUCAUGGAACUUUAUUCAGUCAUUUGUUGAACAAUAUCAGCAAGAAUUCGGGUUUACUUUACCUGACCGCGAUAUUAUUGUGGAUGACAUUAGAGUUCGCGGCAUAGGUGAAGGUCACGACAUCUCCUGGAACAACGUAUUCGAAGAAGAGCAACGAAUCAAUCACACUCCUGUGGACGUGUCUCAACGUGAUAACAAUGUCUCGAUCUAUUUCGAAGGUGGUCGUCGCCAAACCCCAAUUUACCUCUUGGACAAACUUCAGGUCGGCAACAAGAUUUCCGGACCAGCAUUGAUAAUUGAUGCAAACUCGACGAUUCUUGUGGCCCCAUCCUGUAACGCGUUGAUUACUACUUCACACAUAAUCAUUACAGUCGGUGAGGGUGCCAGACCAGAAAUCACUGCUGAACUAGAUCCCAUUCAACUGUCAAUAUUUGGACAUCGGUUUAUGAGUAUUGCCGAACAAAUGGGAAACACCUUGCAGAAGACUUCUGUAUCCACCAAUAUUAAAGAGAGAUUGGAUUUCUCUUGUGCAUUGUUUGGUGCUGAUGGAGGAUUGGUUGCCAAUGCUCCCCACCUUCCGGUACAUCUUGGCAGUUUAAGUCAUGCCGUCAUAUAUCAAAUUAACUUUUAUAAUGGUGGUGCAUUGGAAGACGGAGAUGUCAUUAUGACCAACCAUCCUAAGGCCGAUAUCACCAUCAUCACGCCUGUAUUCAAUGAGGGCAAAAUUGUAUUCUUUGUUGCCUCGAGAGGUCACCACGCGGAUAUUGGGGGUAGCUUACCAGGUUCCAUGCCACCUCACUCAAAGGAGUUGUAUCAAGAAGAUGCAGCCAUAAAAUCUUUUAAAAUCGUGUCCGGAGGUAAAUUCGACAUUGAUGGUCUCACCGAUAUUCUAUUACACCAACCCGCUCGUUAUCCCGGUUGCAGUGGAACCAGAUGCCUUCGUGACAACAUCUCUGACCUAAAAGCUCAAGUAGCAGCUAAUCACAAAGGUAUCACACUCGUGAAGGCUUUGAUCAGAGAGUGCGGACUGGAUGUUGUCCAAGCGUAUAUGAUGCACAUUAGAAAGAACGCGGAGUUAUCGGUCAGGGAAUUGUUAAAAGAUGUUAGACGAAAGAUCGGUAGUAAUGUUUUGAAAGCGAUGGAUUAUAUGGACGACGGAACUCCCAUAAAAUUGCAAAUAACCAUCGACGAGAAGGAAGGUUCGGCAGUAUUCGAUUUUGCCGGAACCGGACCCGAAGUUUACGGAAACACCAACGCACCAUCAUCGGUUACUUUUAGCGCGAUAAUAUACUGCCUGCGCUCCUUAAUUGCAAACGAUAUCCCCUUGAAUCAAGGAUGCUUGACCCCGAUUGACAUUCGAAUUCCGGAAAAGUCAUUUUUAAAUCCGUCCGAUAGAGCAGCCGUAGUAGGCGGAAAUGUAUUGACGUCUCAAAGACUCGUGGAUACAAUACUAAAAGCUUUUCAGGCGUGUGCUGCAAGUCAAGGAGAUUGUAAUAAUCUAACAUUUGGAAAGGAUGAGAUUUUUGUUGAUGGGAAAAAAGUCAAGGACGGAUGGGGAUAUUACGAGACCAUUGCUGGUGGUAGUGGCGCGGGACCUACAUGGGAUGGACAAUCCGGUGUGCAUGUUCACAUGACAAACACAAGAAUUACUGAUCCGGAGAUUCUUGAAAGACGAUUGAAUCACGCUGUUUUGCUUCGUGAAUUUUCUUUGCGUAAAGGAUCCGGUGGGAAGGGACUGCACAGAGGCGGAGACGGGGUGAUACGCGAUUUAGAAUUUCGGGAAUCCAUACAGGUGAGUAUUCUGUCCGAGAGGAGAGUAUAUCAUCCGUAUGGAUUAAAUGGGGGUAAAGAUGGUUCUAGAGGACUUAACCUUUGGAUACGUAAAAAUGAUGGGGCAAAUCAGGAAGAAGAAAGCGGAGAGAGAAUACUUAACCUCGGUGGUAAAAACACGUUUCAGGUGGGAAUUGGUGAUAGGGUCAUUAUAUGUACACCAGGAGGGGGAGGAUGGGGUGUCGUAGCUGAUGGGGAUGAAGAUGAUCCGGACGAAGCAGUCACUAGGUUUUUGUAG